AUGAAGGACUCGUUCACAGUGACAAAACUCAUGCGGGACAUAAAUGCAAUGCAGAAUCAUGUGGCCCAAGUUCGCCAAGGAAAGAAUUCAAGGCAAACAAGUUGUUUCAUGUGCAACAUGGAAACAACUACAUUCUCCGUUGUCAAGAAGACGGGGCACAAAUUCACUGUCACGGAUUAUGACAGACGGGAUGUGGGGAAACCGGGAACCUAA